UUUAACUUCGUCUGCCAACUCAUAAAUGUCCUCCUUAUAAACCCCAUUAGCACCUCCACAUCUCCUCAACCUCUCCCUCUCUCUCUCUCUCUCUCUCUCUCCAUUUGCUUCCAUGAACAAGCCUUCCCUUCUCUUUCUUGCUUGUCUUCUCUUUCUUGCUUGUCUUCUCUUUCUUCCUCUUUCAGCAUCUGCAGAGUGCACUUGUGAUCAAAAUACUGCAGAGAAUGACAGGACCAAAACGCUUAAAUACAAGCUGGUGGCAAUUUCCUCAAUUCUCAUAGCAAGUGCUCUUGGUGUCACUCUUCCCAUCUUUAGCAAGAAAAUCCCAUCUUUUCACCCAGAAAAUAAUUUCUUCUUCCUCAUCAAGGCCUUUGCUGCUGGUGUAAUUCUCGCAACUGGGUUCGUUCACAUAUUGCCAGAUGCUUUCGACAGCUUAACAAGCGCUUGCCUUGAAGAAAAGCCAUGGGGUGAUUUCCCUUUUGCUGGUUUUGUAGCAAUGGUUUCUGCAAUCAUCACAAUGAUGAUCGACUCUUUUGCUAAUAGUUAUUAUAGAAGAUUGCAUUUCAGUAAGGCUUUGCCUGUGAGUGGAAACGAGGAGAUGGAAGGAAAGCACGAGGGACAUGUGCAUGUUCAUACACAUGCCUCUCAUGGGCAUGCUCAUGGCUCUGCUUUUGUUGCUGAUGAUUCUGAGAUUUCUGGCCAUUUCAGGCAUAGGGUUGUGUCACAGGUUUUGGAGUUGGGAAUUGUGGUUCAUUCAGUGAUAAUAGGGAUUUCAUUGGGAGCUUCUGAAAGCAGUAACACAAUUAAGCCCCUUGUAGCAGCACUCACUUUCCAUCAAUUCUUUGAAGGCAUGGGACUUGGUGGUUGCAUUUCUCAGGCAAAAUUUAAGUCUCAGGCAGUAGCCGUUAUGGUAUUAUUUUUCUCAAUGACAACUCCAACAGGAAUAGCAAUCGGAAUAGGAAUAUCACAAAGUUACGAUAAGAAUACACCAACAGCUCUCAUAGUGGAAGGAGUCUUGAACUCAGCAGCUGCCGGGAUAUUAAUAUACAUGGCACUUGUUGAUCUACUUGCUGAAGAUUUUAUGAAUUCUAAAAUGCAAUCCAAUUUUAGGUUGCAGCUUGGUGCUAGCAUUUCACUUGUUUUUGGCAUAGGCUUUAUGUCUUUGCUUGCCAAAUGGGCAUAGUCCCACCGUCAAAUUAAUAUUAGUUUUCACUUUUAGAAAUAACCCAGUUUUGGUUUGAUAUGUACUUUAUGUUUGAAAGGCUAAGAUAUGAUACCAUUUAUUUUUA